AUGCAGACCGCCAUGACGCCCCAGGUCGCUGGCUCCGCCAUGCACUCAUCGAUCGUUGGACGCCGCGUGGGCGGAUCGCCUGCCACCCAAGGCGCUCGCCUCGGCCGCGAGGCGCGCGUCGUGGUGCGCGCUGAUGCCUCCCGGAAGCCGAAGAGCAGGGGAGAGAGCGGGGGCACUAAGGACCAGAAGGGGCGCUGGAGGGGCAUGGACGAGGACAUAUCCGAUGACCAGCAAGACAUCGCGCGCGGGCGUCUCAUGGUGGACAGCCUCUUCCAGGGUGCCACGGGCCUCGACGGUACGCACAACGCCGUGUUGUCCUCCGCCGAGUACUUGGCCACCGCCGCGCGCUCCUUCAACAACAUCGAGGACGGCUACUACAUCUCCCCCGCUUUCCUGGACAAGAUAACCAUUCACAUCGCCAAGAACUUCAUGGAGCUGCCCAAGAUCAAGGUUCCCCUGAUUUUGGGAAUCUGGGGAGGCAAGGGUCAGGGCAAGACCUUCCAGGCCAACCUGGCGUUCAAGAAGUUGGGCAUCGCGCCCAUCGUCAUGUCGGCUGGAGAGCUGGAGUCUGGCAAUGCUGGAGAGCCCGCCAAGCUCAUCCGCCAGAGGUACAGGGAGGCGUCUGACACCAUUGCCAAGGGCAAGAUGUGUGCCCUGUUCAUUAACGACCUGGACGCUGGUGCCGGUCGCAUGGGUGACACCACGCAGUACACUGUGAACAACCAGAUGGUGAACGCCACCCUCAUGAACAUCGCUGACAACCCUACGAACGUGCAGCUCCCGGGGGUCUACACCCAGGAGGAGAUCCCGCGGGUGCCCAUCAUCUGCACGGGUAACGAUUUCUCCACCCUUUAUGCCCCGCUCAUCCGUGAUGGGCGUAUGGAGAAGUACUACUGGAACCCAACCCGGGAGGACAGGAUCGGGGUGUGCAUGGGCAUCUUCCAGGAGGACAAGGUUAACCGUGGCCAGGUGGAGAAGCUGGUGGACGCCUUCCCAGGCCAGUCCAUUGACUUCUUCGGUGCCCUCCGCGCCCGGGUGUAUGACGACAAGGUGCGAGACUGGGUCGAGGACCUCGGCAUGGAGAACCUGGGCAAGAGGCUCGUGAACUCCAAGGAGGGCAAGGUCACGUUCGAGAAGCCCGAGAUGACCUACGAGACCCUUCUCAAGUACGGCAACUUGCUGGUCGAUGAGCAGGACAAUGUGAAGCGCGUGCAGCUGGCAGAUUCGUACCUCUCUGGCGCCGCCCUGGCUGGAAAAAGCGGUACCUCCAUUCCUGAGGCCUACGCGGAGAAGUGA